CGUACCCGAAACCCAAAACCCGUUUAGCCUCGUCAGUUGUGUGAGCACCACCACUCAUCUCCAUCUGCGCACUGAUCUCGUCCCGUUAAGCCAACAUCCACACAGAAGAGAGAGGAGAGAGAGAGAGAGAGAGAGAGAGAGAGAGGCAAUGGGAGCUUUGGGAUUUUGCAGCAGCAUCAGCAGGCCAUGCCUCAUAAAAUCAAUGGCCACCCAAAAGCCUGGAACUAGCAAGCUAGCCGCUACCAGAAAGGGAUCAGUAGUCUUCCCAGUGGGAGAGCCAGGGCCACAAGCAUCAAACAAUGGAGCAUCACCCCCCGUCAAACUCCUCUCAAACGUGGAGAAGCUGAGGCUCCUAACAAAAGCCGAGAAGGCUGGACUUCUGUCUGCUGCUGAGAAAUUCGGCCUCUCUUUAUCCACAGUAGAGCGAUUAGGUCUCCUCUCAAAGGCAGAAGAGCUCGGCGUUUUAUCAGCAGCCACUGAUCCUGGAACCCCCGGAGCUCUCCUGAGCCUAAGUCUUGUGUUUCUAGUCCUGGGACCUGCUUGUGUUUAUGUUGUGCCUGAAGAAAAUGCUUUGGAGAUAGCUUUGCAGGCUGUCGUUGCUUCGGUUUGUGUUUUUGGGGGAUCAGCUGCAUUUGCUGCUUCCAAUUUCGUGUCAAACUUGCAGAGAUCAAGUUGAGCUUUGCAACAGGAGACUGACGGUUGCAUGUUUUGUUAGUACUGGUUUGUACUAAUGAGUAUUACUAUGUCUUCUUUCCAUUCACUUCUGUUCCUUGUAAAAAAAGCUAUAAUUAUUUUAAACAAGAUGUCGUUCGUUCCAUUUUUAGAGCUUCAGAUAUUCCAUGUGUUGGUUGUGGCUUGAA